AUGACAAGGAACUCAAAGAAGCAUACAACCAGAGAUUUGGCAAAUGAAUUUGCAGACAGUGCAUUAUCUGAAAGCAAUGAUGAGAGUUCUGAUUUUGAGGUAUGUUUUGAGGAUAGCGAUUAUGAUUUGAUGGAUAAGGAAGAUGAUUUGAUAUAUGAUAAUUAUGUCGAUGAAGAAGCAGAAGCUGGAAAUGGAUUUGAUUUUGAAAUGGAAGAUGCUUCAAAUCCAAAAUCACCCAUUGCUUUUGAUGAUGAUAUUGCUUAUGAUGGUGACGGGGAGCUAACUCAUGUGGUUGAGAAUGGAAGUGAAAUGAAAGAGGGAUUUCCCGAGUUCAAUGUAGAAGAAAAUAUGGAUGAUCCAGUAUUUUUUGAUGGUCUCAAGUUUAAAUCGUUUGAUGAAUUCAAGGAGGCAGCAAAGCAUUAUGCAAUAAGACAUAAAAGAAACAUGGGUUUAAGCAUAAUGACAAGUUGA